ACAUCGACUUGGUUUUUGGGUCCGGUUAAUAUUUUGAGUAACACCGAAAGGGCAGAAUUCCACUAGUUCAAAUAAAUCAAUUAUUAUGGGCUUAAAUUUACAUAAUUCCAACGGUCACCUCUGAGAAAACCCCUAAUCAAAAUCUCGUAAAACCCUCCAUUUUCUCCAUCAAAGAAAAAGAAGCAACAAUGGUGGUGAUCUCAAACGAAGACUAUGAAGAGCUCCGUAAGAGAAGGAUGGAGGAGAACAAAAGAAGGAUGGAAGAGCUUCAUCUUCAUCAGCUCACUCAAGCUCUUAAACACGCUAAACCCCCUCCGAUGAAGCUAACACAACCCCCCAAAAUUGGGGCAGAAAUGGUGGAGAUCAGAAGGUCAAACCGCGUUGCAAACAAGCCUGCCCGUGUUUACAACCCUGACCGUAUUUUCAAGCAAAUUGUAGCUCAAGGCUCUUCAAGCAAGUCUUCAAGGUCACUUGCCAUGACUAAAGCUGUGGAGGUACGGUUAAGCCUAGGAACGGAGCAUCCAAGCUUUAUAAAGAUCAUGAAAGGACAGGUUGUCAUUGCAGGUCCGAUGGCUUUUCCGAUCACGUUUUGGAAGUUAUUUGUAUUACCGAAAGUUGAUUCUGAAAUGGUGAUUGAAGAUGAAAAUAGGGAGAUUUAUCAUGUCAAAUACUGUUAUAAGCAGCCCGGGCUUAGUGCAGGAUGGAAAAAGUUUGCAGCUGGACAUAACUUGCUUGAUGGAGAUGUUUUGGUCUUUCAUUUGGUCGAACCUUACAAAUUUAAGGUUUAUAUAGUUAGGGCGAAUGAUCUGAAGAAAGCAGAUGAUCUUAUUACGCGUUUAAAUUUGGAGGCGCGCAAUAAACAAAUGACUUCAGAAACCAAUACGCUAUCUCCUACACGAAAGAAAACCAAGCGUGCAAAGCCACUCUCAUCAUCACAGAUCAUCAGCCAAAUCAUGGAACAAUUGGGAAACAAUAGUGAAGCGUUUGGUUCAGAAGUUCUAGGAGGUUUCAGACCCUUUAAACCGGACCUUCCAUCUCAAGAACUCGAUGGAGUGUACGUUGACUCCGAGCUUCCAGGUGAAACUGUGAAUAUUGCAAAUGAGAUCUACAACUGCAAGUUCACUACAACUAAGGAAGAAGUUGAAGCAUGGGAUAAUUCCCUAAAAUCGUUUUCUCAAUUGGGAAUGAAAGUCGGGUUUUUGAGUGAAAGGAUUGCUACACGUUCAAGACUCAUGUUUGAAUCCGAAAGUAGGUUGGAUAUCGAAAGGUAUAUGGAAGCUAAGACGGAACACAAACAUAUCGAAGAUGAGAUCAAAAGGUUUACAGACGAGCUCAAGAAACUGGAGGAAUCUUCUAGAAAGAUCCAGGAAGAUUUGAAGCACAAGGCUGGGAGGUAUGAAGUGAAGUUCCAAGAAGAGGUCCCACUCACAACCUUCCAAUAAGAUCAUUCCUUAUUGGGUGAAUGUGUAAUCUCUUUUGCUUAAUCUAUUAUUAACUAGUAAUUUAAUCCUCACACAUAUGUGCAUGAAUGUGUAGUCUCUUUUGUUUAAUUGUCAUCCUCAACUUGGAGUGAAGUGUUUGAUCUUUGUAGUAUUGAUUGUGGAGGAUAUUUUUGAUGUACGUUAAAGGUUCAUGUUACAGUACUUAACGGCGUCAUAGUUAUGAAUGAACCAA